CAUGAGCUGGACCUGCCCGCGUUGCCAGCAACCCGUUUUCUUCGCUGAGAAGGUCAGCUCUCUGGGCAAGAACUGGCACCGCUUCUGCCUGAAAUGUGAGCACUGCCACAGUAUCCUGUCCCCUGGUGGGCAUGCAGAGCAUGAUGGGAGGCCAUAUUGCCACAAGCCAUGCUAUGGGGCGCUCUUCGGACCCAGGGGAGUGAACAUUGGUGGUGUGGGCUCCUACCUGUACAACCCCCCGACUCCCACCCCUGCUAGCACCACUCCCCUCAGCCCCAGCAACUUCAGCCCCCCCAGACCAAGGACUGGCCUCCCCCAAGGCAAGAAAAGCCCUCCCCACAUGAAGAUGUUCACUGGGGAGACCUCGCUAUGCCCUGGCUGUGGGGAACCUGUCUAUUUUGCUGAGAAGGUGAUGUCCUUGGGCAGAAAUUGGCACCGACCCUGUUUGAGGUGCCAGCGUUGCCGGAAAACCCUGACUGCUGGGAGUCAUGCUGAGCAUGAUGGCGUCCCCUACUGCCACAUCCCCUGCUACGGCUACCUGUUUGGCCCCAAAGGUGUGAACAUUGGCAAUGUGGGCUGCUACAUCUAUGACCCAGUGGAGAUAAAAUCCAAAUGAGACACUCACAGGAGAGGUCACCCUAACUCAGGCCUCCCAACAUCCCCUCCAUGGUCCAAUGGGAGCUACAGAAUUCUCCAGUCCCAUUGGCAGGGGUGGAGGGUGGGAUCCUGGGGGCCUGGGCCUAGGCUCCAUGGUAGGCCAGAGAGUCUAGAUUUUCUCUGCCACUUCUUUCCCAUUCCUAUUAGGCUCGGGGACAUAGGCCACCUCAGUUUUGAAGGGUGCCCUCCUAGCCUUCCCAAUCCCUUCCCCAGAAAAUUCUGGAGCUUCAAGUUACUCAUAAAACUCACUUUUAUUGAGUCUCAUCCCCUGGCUUCUCCAAUAAAAUGUUGGUUCCC